GGUGAGGGGACGAGGACUCUUCCGUUCCUAGAAAACCGUGAGUCACAACGGGCUGCUUUGUGUCCAGAUUGCAUGUAGCCAAACGUUAGCCGUAGUAACGCUGCGGGGUCGGUCCCCUCCUCCCCACCUCCCCCGUGUGAUCCGGUAUCAUAUGAUGCUCAUUUCUGUCUGUAGCCUGGGGCAGAUUAUGACAGCUUUCCGUCUCUCUUUGUGCCUUUGUGUGUCCCCUCUACGGAAGGUGUGGCCGAGGUGAUUCGGUUGUCGGUGGUGGUCGGACCGCAGCAGGCCGGCGUGAAGUGGACGCCCCCCCCCUACCCCCACCCCAACCCUCCUCCUUCUCCUACCCCUCUCUCUCUCCUUCCUGAAAACCACCCGCGAUUGGUAGGCCUAUUUACCGACAAAAACAGCGGCCAAGAUGGGUCACUCGCUGUGAGUGGAAGCGCCAGACCAGCGUUACCGGAGGAGGCGGCGGCCUUGUGCAGGUCUAUUCAGCCGGGAAUGGUGUGAGCUGAGACGGCCAGGCAGUCUGGAUCUGACCGGGGACCCGUCAUUCCCCCGGAGCCUCCGCGGCUCUAAGCCGCGUCAAGAGCCCUCCAAGAUGGGGAAGUGCGACGGAAGAUGCACGCUGCUGGUGAUAUGUUCACUGCAGUUGGUGGCAGCCCUGCAGAGACAGGUGUUUGAUUUUCUGGGCUACCAGUGGGCUCCCAUCCUGGCCAACUUCCUGCACAUUAUGGCCGUCAUCCUGGGCAUGUUCGGCACCGUGCAGUUUCGCUUCAGAUACCUCAUCUUUUAUGCAGUAUGGCUGGUCCUUUGGGUGGGUUGGAACUCAUUCAUUAUCUGCUUCUACCUGGAGGUUGGAAACCUGUCUCAGGACAGGGACAUUCUCAUGACGUUCAACACAUCCCUUCAUCGUUCGUGGUGGAUGGAGCAUGGUCCUGGUUGCUUGGUAACGCCAGUGCUAGACUCACGCAUCGCCCCUGAUGACCACCAUGUCAUCACUGUGUCCGGGUGUCUCCUUGACUACCAGUACAUAGAGGUGUUGAGUUCAGCCAUUCAGAUCCUAUUGGCUCUCUUUGGCUUCGUAUACGCCUGCUACGUGAGCAAAGUCUUCCAGGAUGACGAGGACAGCUUUGAUUUCAUUGGUGGCUUUGACUCGUAUGGCUACCAGCCUCCUCAGAAGUCCUCUCAUCUGCAACUGCAGCCUCUUUACACGGCUGGUUAACUGUUGGUAGCGCCCCCUUCAGGACAAACCCUGACGGUGUCACUGUGGAUGGAAAGCGGCGGUUGCCUUGAUUACACUCACUCUGUGUGUCACAGUUUACCAGAGGAAGGGACUUACCCCACCCAGAGGGAGAGACGUCUGUGCGUGUGUGCAUGUGUGCUUGUGUCUGAGAAAGAAAGAAAUACAGCCCUGAAUAGAAUGUACAGAGCUCAGGGAAGAACCAGCAUGCCAGGUGGUGUGAUAAGAUGAAGGAAGGAGGAGGAGGAGGAGGAGAAGGAGGAGGAGAGAUACAGAGAACAAGAGCUGGGGACACCUCUGUCAAAUCACCGAAGACACACUUCACUUAACUGCCAGCUCACCACAAGUGUGUAUGUGUAAGUAUGUGUGUGAUUGUGUAACCCCACAGGACUAGCUGGUGCUUUGUGGUUGCACCCUGGACUCUUACCACUCAGUGUCCCUGUGAAUUAGUUUUUUUUUUUUUUUUUUGGGUGCUCGUGUGUGUGUGUGUGUGUGGGGGUGGGGUCACAUAAUAAACCGAGGCACGGCUCGUACCUGUUGUCAUUUUAGAAUGUGGUGGUGUCAAACUAGAGCAGUCUUACGAUUCCCAAAGCCAUCUUUCCUUCCUCCCAUGCCGUUAAAACCACUGUUGACAUUGAAGCUUUUUACAUUACAGCUCCUGCCUGCUGAGACAGUAAAACAGAGCUGGUGGAGCAGAAAGGAUGAACAGCUUAAAAGGAUCAGGCUGGCGAUAUUUUAUAUAUUUAAUUAUUGACCAAAACCAACAAUGUGUGCAUCCAUCUCUCCAUACUUUUGUUCACAGCAGUAAAGCUUUUCAGCAGCGCUAGUGAGUAUUUACAGCGGCAGGAUGGUGUAUGUGGGAUCAUCUCAAAAUAAUCUACAGUGCACAACUUCAUCAUACAGAAGAAACAUGUCACCCAGUGCAACAGUGUGUCUUUAAAUAGAUCUGACAGAAGGAAUACACUAUAUCAGGCUUGUUAGUAGAAAUAAUUCAUUGUUGGUUUUGGCCUUUUCAUGCAAUUUGUUGACAAUAAGAAAAAUACAGAAUAUCACCAGACUCAUCCUCUAAAGUUCUGAGUUACUUCAAGUCAAAUGUCCAUUGCCAGGAUAUUUUGUUUUCAGGAAAGUAAGUUACUGUACAUGUAAUGCUGUUAAAUAGGGAUGCAGAUGGCUUUGGGAUCAGGCAUUAGUGUGUCUAUGGGGGGUGGGGGGGAGGGGGGGGAGCAGUGGGGAUACUGUGCAUGUAAAUAACCAGCCAAUGAUUGUUUUGUUGGUUCCAUUUAGAAAAAGGGGGGUUGCAUUAGAGGGUGGGUAGGGCUGGGGGAACAGGGGUACACAGCAAAGUUUUUUCUUCAUACCUGUUUCUCUUGUUCUCUCUUUUUGGACCAUCCUCAUGCUGCCCUCUUCAAACCCACUGGCAGCUAGUUGUCCCUCUGUCACUAACUACAUUCACUUCUGCGGCUCAGUCGCUGAUCUCCACCAGAGCACAGCGAUAAAGGAGACCUAAGAGGAAAAUAGGACUGUGCACGGUGACAUGCUCUGAGUAGUUUUUGUAAUUGGAGACAGAAAGAGGGAAGGAGGGAGACAGGUAUGAGGUGAAGACCAUAUUUGGGUGUAAGGUGAAGUUUGAAAUAAUAAAAAUACACUUUCUACAUUAAA